AUGGCUCCCACCUUCCUGCUGCUGCUGCUGUGUCUCCAGGGCCCUGUCUCAGGUGUCCCUAUGGAGAACGUGUACUCCAAAGUGCGGCACGUUGAAGGGGAGACUCUGUCUGUGCAGUGCUCCUACAAGAGCCGCAAAAACCACGUGGAGGGCAAGGUUUGGUGCAAAAUCAGGAGGAACAAGUGCGAGACUGGGUUCACCCGCGUGGGGGUGCAGGGACCGCGCUAUUGGCUGCAGGAUGAUACCCAGGCCAAGGUGGUCACCGUCACCAUGGUGGCCCUCAGGCGCCAGGACUCGGGCCGGUACUGGUGCAUGCGCAACAGCUCCGGCAUCCUCUACCCUGUGAAGGGCUUCCUGCUGGAAGUGUCUCCAGCCUCCACAACCAAGAGAAACACUCCUUUUACGAAGCUGCCCAGCACCCUCAAGAGUGGAACUGCCAUCACAACAGGUCCGGCGCCCACCUUAGGCUCUGAUGCUCCUUUAACCACCACCGCGACGGUGUUCACACCUGGACUCCUCACCUUGGCCAGACUCUUGCCCUCCCCUGCCUCCGGGACCAUCAGACUGACUUCUGUGACAGGAUACCACUUUGCUGGCACCAGGCUCUCCACUGAGGGGCCCAGGAAGACCACAGGGUCCCAGACAGUGACUUUGUCUCCCGGCUAUGCCCGAGCCUCCGCUGCUGGCCCAGCCUCCACCCCCACUAAGGCUGGGCACCUGUGCACCAUGGGAUCACCCACCAAGGGAAUGUGCCCCACUGGCAGGUCUCUUCUCAACCAAUUACCCCCCAGCAGGCACCAGGACUUUUAUCCUAUUGUGCUCAUGGUGCUGGCCUUGCUCCCAGUGCCUGUGGUGCUGAUCGUGUUCUAUGGAUUCUGGAAGAAGAGACACAUGGGAAGCUACAGCAUGUGCCACGAUUCUGCCCGAUCCUGGAGGGACUCAUCUAUAAGACCGGAGCCUCCCUGGAAGCCCACUUGGUCUGGAGCCACUUAA